CAUAAAACCUCAAAGAAGAACAAGAUUAGAGCAAAGCAGUUUAACUGUACUGUUGUAGCUGAAAACAGUUCAUAUCAUACAAAGGAACCGUAGCUUCCACAAUGGAUCGGCAAAAGGCUAGCCUGUCCCCCUCCACCCUCCAGGAGUCCCCCUCCACCCUCCAGGAGUCCCCAGGUCAUCCGCCUCUCCGUACUUUACUGCUGGUUCUGGUCGACUGCAGGAAAACACCGGGGCAGAGUGGAACUGAGAGACUAGAAGAGGAACAUGGAGAUAUGAUUUCAUUAAGGGACAUCCCUUAUCGUUGCUCUCUAAGUGGGAGGGGCUUAUCAUCUGGGGAGCCUCAACAACAUCAUGAUGCUGACAAGAAAGAGAAGAGUCUCUCCAGAUCGAAACACCGGCAUAGAGGUAGAGGGAAGAAACCUCAACACUGCUCUGUCUGUGGGAAGAGUUUUGCUAAACAAGACUUGACUAUUCAUGAGCAAAUUCACCCCGGAGAGAAACCGUUCCACUGCUCUCAGUGCGGGAAGAGUUUCACUGCAUCUAAAACUUUAAAAUCUCAUCAGAGAAUUCAUACAGGGGAGAGGCCUUAUCCCUGCUUUGAUUGUGAGAAAUGCUUCAAACGAUCAGGAUUCCAGACUACACAAAAACACACAGGACCGCCUUAUAGCUGUGAUCAGUGUGGGAAGAGAUUCAAUCCAUCAGGAGACCUGACUAUACACCAACGCAUACACACAGGAGAGAAGCCUUAUAGCUGUGAUCAGUGUGGGAAGAGCUUCAAUCAAUUAGUACACCUGACUAUACACCAACGCAUACACACAGGAGAGAAGCCUUAUAGCUGUGAUCAGUGUGGGAAGAGCUUCAGUCGAUCAGGAGACCUGACUACACACCAACGCAUACACACAGGAGAGAAGCCUUAUAGCUGUGAUCAGUGUGGGAAGAGCUUCAGUCGAUCAGGAGACCUGACUACACACCAACGCAUACACACAGGAGAGAAGCCUUAUAGCUGUGAUCAGUGUGAGAAGAGUUUCAGGACGUCAGAUCACCUGACUAUACACCAACGCAUACAUACAGGAGAGAAGCCUUAUAGCUGUGAUCAGUGUGAGAAGAGUUUCAGGACGUCAGAUCACCUGACUAUACACCAACGCAUACACACAGGAGAGAAGCCUUAUAGCUGUGAUCAGUGUGGGAAGAGCUUCAGUCGAUCAGGAGACCUGACUGAACACCAACGCAUACACACAGGAGAGAAGCCUUAUAGCUGUGAUCAGUGUGGGAAGAGCUUCAAUCAAUCAGGACACCUGACUAAACACCAACGCAUACACACAGGAGAGAAGCCUUAUAGCUGUGAUCAGUGUGGGAAGAGCUUCAAUGAAUCAGGAAACCUGACUAAACACCAACGCAUACACACAGGAGAGAAGCCUUAUAGCUGUGAUCAGUGUGGGAAGAGCUUCAGUCGAUCAGGAGACCUGACUACACACCAACGCAUACACACAGGAGAGAAGCCUUAUAGCUGUGAUCAGUGUGGAAAGAGUUUUGCUCUAGAUUUCACCCUGACUACACACCAACGCAUACACACUGGAGAGAAACCUUAUAGCUGUGAUCAGUGUGGGAAGAGCUUCAAUGAAUCAGGAAACCUGACUAAACACCAACGCAUACACACAGGAGAGAAGCCUUAUAGCUGUGAUCAGUGUGGGAAGAGCUUCAGUCGAUCAGGAGACCUGACUACACACCAGCGAAUACACACUGGAGAGAAACCUUAUUCCUGUCUAUGUGGAAAGAGCUUUGCUCAUUCCGGGUCACUGAAAAAACACCAGGAUGCACGAAUAUGUUGUUUUUUAUCUCCCUCCUCUCCGGCACCAGUUUCAGAUCUCUAAAUGAAGUUUCAAUAGAAAACAUAUUGUAAAGAGUCAUCCAUCUCCCAUUCGCUAACAGUUUACUAAGUCUGAUUACCAAGGUAACCUGUGUAGCAUGAUAUGCAGCUCUGGAUCCAUAUGUAUCAAGCGUCUUGGAGUAGGAGUUCUGUAUCUUAUUUCAUUAACUCCUAUUGUCCAUUAAAUCAUGUAGAAUAAUGUUUCAACAAUUGUAGGUUCAUAUUAAUGUGUGAGGGAAAUGUUGUUGUCUGAAGAAAGAGCCUUGAAUUGUACAUCUUGUCUCAUACAAUUAUUGGUUCCUGUUGGUGCUGGGUAGAGAUGUGAGGGGAGACGGUCAUGACCCCUCAGACCUUUUGGCAGAAUAUGUUCUAUAAGUUAAGAUAGGAGACAGUGCCAGUCACAUGCAGGAACCAAACGUCAAUGAUCAAUUAAUUAUGAAUAAUGUAAAUCAUGCAAAUAUAACUUGUCUGUGUAAACAGUAUAUAAGAGAACUAACGGGACUGCCCCGAAAGAGCUCCAGACCGUACUCUGGUGUUUUAAGUUUGUUGGAACCUCUCCAGCUUCCUGAUAAUAAAUAAUUAUUCAUUUAAGUUUUA